AUGACGACGCCCGCCAUUCGUAUCCCCUUCACGGGUCCUCUACCUCCGGCAAUUAUAGUCCCGCCCUCCGCCAGCUCCGUUUCAGGUGCCAUUGACGCCGUCUGCGCCUUCUUUGCUGCAUCACCAUCCCUGAACCUCCGUGGCGUCGACGUCGGAGCUCAUUCCCAGACCGUUCUACUAACCGGAGCGGGCAUCUCGGUCGCAUCUGGACUCUCCGACUACCGCGGCGACCAGGGAACAUAUCGCCGGAACAAAUCCUACCGACCAAUCUACUUCCAUGAAUUCGUGUCACGGCAUGAGUCGCGCAAACGAUACUGGGCCCGUAGCUUCGUCGGAUGGCCCGGUCUCGUAAAAGCACGACCGAACUCAACUCACGAAGCUAUUAGAGACCUGGGCAAAAAGGGCUACAUCAGUUCCGUCAUCACGCAGAAUGUCGACUCCUUCCACUCCUUCGCUCAUCCGGAGUUAUCGACCUUGGAAUUACAUGGGUAUCUACGAUCGGUCGUUUGUACCAGCUGUCAUAACCAAUUCCCCCGACAAGUGUUCCAAGACUCGCUGGAAAGACUGAAUCCGGCAUGGGCGGAGUUUCUCGCUCGCAUGGUGGAGCAGGGCGCGCUUGAUACGGAUAAUCAAGAAGAACAACGACGAAAGGGCUUGAAAUUGAACCCGGAUGGAGAUGUUGAUCUUGCAGAAGCGCCGUAUUCAACCUUUCGAUAUCCAUCCUGUCCGACCUGUUUGGAAAGACCUCCCAGGUUGAAAGAUGGGACUCAGAGCCGAGUAGAAGUGGAGAGUGACGGUGCCUGGAUGGACACUUCCAAUGCUGGGAUUCUCAAACCAGCUGUGACUAUGUUUGGUGAGAAUAUUGACCCAGCGGUUAAAAUAGCGGCUGAAGAGGCGAUCGACGAUGCAGGGCGCCUACUGGUUCUCGGAAGCAGUCUGGCCACCUUCUCAGCGUGGAGGUUGGUGGAACGAGCGCACAAACGGGGGAUGCCCAUUGGUAUUAUCAAUGUUGGCGGCGUGAGGAACGAGGCGGUUCUCUUUGGUCAAGGUAGUCAGGGCUCAGACCCAGAACCAACUUCCCAUGUGCGCUGCAGCCAACCCGCUCAGUCCAUCCUGCCGACCGUGGUAUCCCGGUUAGGGGUAAAUGGGAGAGGGUAUGGAAUAUAA